UGUCAGGCAGCGGACGGGCAACAUGGCGGAGGACGAGGUGCACGAAGCUGCGCGGAGGGACAUGGACGGGGUCAACAGCCUAGCGUACGACGAGGCCAUCGUGGCCCAACAGGACCGGAUCCAGCAGGAGAUAGCCACCAGCAACCCCUUGGUAUCAGAGAGACAGGCCCUUUCGGUUCUGGAGGCAGAGUAUGCGGAGGAUGACACUGUAUACCAGCAGAAGAUUAAAGAUUUGCACAGAAAGUAUUCAUACAUACGGAAAACACGGCCCGAUGGGAACUGCUUCUAUAGAGCAUUUGGCUUCUCGCAUCUGGAGUCGCUGCUAGAUGAUACCAAGGAACUGCAGAGGUUCAAAGCGGUGGCGGCCAAGAGCAAGUUGGACCUGGUGAGCCAGGGCUUCACCGAGUUCACCAUCGAGGACUUCCACAACACGUUCAUGGACCUGAUCGAGAUGUGUGAGAAGCAGCCAUGUCUGGACGAGCUGCUCGGCGCCUUCAACGAUCAGAGUGUGUCCGACUACGUGGUCGUCUACCUUCGCCUGCUCACUUCCGGCUUCCUGCAGCGAGAGCACACCUUCUUCCAGCACUUCAUCGAAGGCAGCCGCUCCAUCAAAGAGUUCUGCCAGCAGGAAGUGGAGCCCAUGUCGAAAGAGAGUGACCACAUCCAUAUCAUCGCCCUCGCCCAGGCGCUCGACGUGCCCGUUCUCGUGGAGUACAUGGACCGGGGCGAGGGAGACACGGUGAACCACCACGUUUUCCCUGAAGGCAGCGAUCCUCGAAUCUUCUUGCUCUACAGACCCGGUCACUAUGACAUUCUGUACAAAUAACACGCAUUUCUGCUUUUCUUCAGAUGCUGCAUAGAGCCACAGACCUGCAGUGAUGUAUUUAUCGGUUCGGAGAGAGAAAAAAAAAAAAAAAAAAAAAA